AUGCCCAUUCCUUUGCCAUGCCCUCCUGUCUCCAACAAUGAUAAUGAUGAAGUUGAUGUAAGCUAUCCUACAAUGGAUACUAGUAAUCCACUCUCAUCCGGGCCCGAGAAAAUUCCAACAACAACACGAAAAGGGGGGCAAAGUGAUCGGUUGAAGCGAAUUGAUAAAUGCAUUGAUGCCAUAACCGCUUGCAGUGAAGCCAAAACUUGGAAGCUGGCAAAUAUUUUCAAUGAUAAUAUUGAAGACUGCAUGGCUGCGCUGUCUAAAAUGGAGGGACUACCGCGCGAUUUAUUCUUUGCAGCGCAAGAUCAGUUUGUGCUGAAGGAUUGUGUCGGCGCAAUUGACGGAACACUUAUAGCAGCAAGUGUUCCGGUGUCCAUGCAAAAUGCAUACCGUUCACGUCACGGUGAUAUAUCACAAAAUGUUAUGGAUGUUUGUGAUUUUAACUUGAUGUUCACGUAUGUCAUGGCCGGAUGGGAGGGUAGCGCAAAUGAUGCCCGUAAAUAUUACAUAGUGGAUUCCGCUUAUCCCAAUUUUCCUGGAUUCUUGGCGUCGCACCGUCAAGAUCAUUAUCAUAUCAACUCGUUCAGAGGUAACAACCGGCAAGCCCAUUCACCCAAAGAACUAUUUAACCAGCGUCACUCGCAGUUGCAUAAUGUCAUUGAGCGGGCGUUUGGUGUGCUAAAGAACAUAUUUCUUAUUCUGAAAGGACCUAUGCCGCCAUACAGCUUAGAUCGUCAAUGA